UUUUAAAUGGGGGAGAGUAGGACUGCACACUUGUCUGUGUUACUGUGAGCUUAUGUCAAAUUGGAAUUUCCAUCCUUGGCAAAGAUCAUAAAGUUGUAUUUUAAAUAUUAUUAUGCUCUCGCUUUCCAUUCUAUAUGACUUCUCUCUCCUCCGUGUCCCCGUUUGAUGACGUCACGAUGCUCCCCCUUGCCCGUUUGCUGACGUAAUGUUUUGUUCCCCCUGCAGUUCCGUUGACAGAAGACGAGUGGGUCCCUCUAGAGCUGUGCUUUGGGAUGCCCCUAUUUAGCUCUGAGCUCAACCGCAAAAUAUGCCGAAAGAUCGCCUCCCACGGCCUCUGUAGCAAAGACAGCCUUCAAGACUUACUUCAUUCCAGCCGAAAACUAUCAGUGAAUGUUCUGAGUUUUGUUCAGUCAUUCCAGGAUGGCAGCCAGGGUCAGCCCGACCCUGACAGUGGAGUGUCCGGUCCUCUCAGCCAGCCCCCGGCCGAGUCUGGUGUUCCGCUGCCCGCUCUCAACCUCAUCUUCAAGGACGGACAGCUGAGGGAGUGGAGUGGACGAACCCCUCCACAUCUCAGCCCUGCACGAAAGACCUUUAUAGACCCAGCUCCACAUCUCAGCCCCUGCAGACAGACCACGUUCCUUAAUCAUCGACCCCCUCCACAUCUCAGCCCCUGCAGACAAGACCCAGACCUUAUAGACCCCUCCAAUCUCAGCCCCUGA